AUGGCUCUAGAUUUGAACAAUCGCGCCAAAAUAACUUUACUGUCCCCCCUUCUGCUGCUUACUAUAUGCUCUAGAACAGUAUUUGCAGAUAAAUGUCCCCAGCCGUGCACAUGCCACGACAGCCUCAACCUCCACGUCAACUGCUCCAACAAGAUCUUGCUGAGCCCGCCCGCCAUCUCAGCAUCCACGCUGACCCUCGACCUCUCCCACAACGCCCUGGGCCCGGUUCUCAACGUCAGCUUUGUCCAGAUGCGCAAUUUGUACCUUAUUGAUCUCUCCCAAAAUGCCCUAAUCCACGUGCUGGACUGCACUUUCACUGGAAUGCUGGGUCUGAGGACGGUUCGGCUCCGCGAAAACCGUUUGACUUCACUGCCUGAAGGGCUUUUCACGGACACGGCCAACGUUGAGCAUCUCGAUCUGAGUCACAACCUGUUUACCCAGCUGCCACAAGACGUGAUGAAACACCUACCAGGGCUGAAGACGUUUGACAUUUCACACAAUCUGAUAACAGAGUUGAAACUUGGACCUCGAUUUCAGGUUCCCAGACAUAUUGAGACCAUAGAUUUGUCCCACAACCCCAUUGAAGCGGUCAGAUCCGACUCUUUCGAGAUUGCAUCACAAUGGGAAGCCAGUACAGGGAGAACAAUCAAUCUUGCCUUCUGUCGCAUUUCCUCCAUCGAGAGUGGAGCAAUCUCCAAAAUCCCCAAUAUUCACGAUCUUGACCUAACAGGCAACAGUGGGAUCACCAUGGAGAUGCUGACGGAUCUCAUAAAGGAGCUUGAGAGUGGUGCCAGAAAUCUGGACAGACUAUCUCUGGGUUAUCUGAACCUGUCAACUUUGUUUCUUAACGUAUCCUUCAACAACAUCAGUGAUGUGCCCUUAGAUGUAUUCGCAACAAUAAGAAGUCUCCGUUCCCUGGACUUGAGCAGGAACUCUGUCACAAGACUCGCUGCUGGAUUUUCUGACCUGAGCAAUCUCAAAGUUUUAAAUAUCUCCCAUAACAAGAUGGAAUCCUUCCAAGGCGAUGCUGUGAGUCAUCUGUCCAAUCUGCAGACACUAGACCUGUCUUACAACAAGCUGACUCACUCCAACCGAGUAAAUCUAUCACCACUGACAAAUCUUAUACACCUUAACAUGAACAACAACUUCUUAGGAGCUGUGAUUGUGCCGAGCAAUACAUCCAGCUUGAGUUUCCUUGACUACCACUCUAAUCGGAUCACAGAAUUCUCUGGUCUUGAUGAUUCUGGUGCUCUAGAAUUAGUGGACCUGAGUGAUAAUGACUUGCGAUCUGUUGCCGGUUUCUUGUUCCGAGGCAUCAAGCUACUGAAGCUGGCCAACUUUAGCAAAAACAGCAUUGAAACCAUAGACCAUCGGGCAUUCCUUCCUCUGUCACCACUUACCAUUGAUUUGUCUCACAACUUCCUAAAGGAUGUGCACUACAACAACUGGGUAGCCACACAGGAGUUGUACCUUAACCACAAUGAAAUAACCCAGAUAGACAAUGGCGCUUUCCAUGGAAUGACUAGUCUCGAGAAACUGGACCUGGCUCAGAACAAGCUCUACACACUUCCCGAAAACCUCUUUAAAGAUGUUAUAAAUCUGAAACAUCUCAACCUGUCCCACAACUACCUCGACAACCUGCAGUGGAUUAAUCACUUUGACCAGCUGGAGAUCCUAGAUUUAGGACACAACAAUAUUUCACAUCUGGUUACACUCUAUACCUACAGACAAAUCUCCUGCGGACGAAUAAUCCCAACUAUUUUCAGAGAUGCCAGUGAUCUCAAGGAGGUUGAUCUUUCCAACAAUCCCUUCGACUGCUCUUGCGAUUUGCUGGCAUUCAGAGAUUGGCUUCAAAGGACAAAGAUAGCAGUAUCUGGCUUGUAUGUGGUGAAUUCUUCUGCCUACCACUGCCGAUCUCCGGCAGGUAGAGUCGGUGUGCAUGUACUCCACUGGAGUGAAGAUGACUUUGAGUGCAGUAGCUCCAUGCUUUAUCUAAUCAUCAUAUGCUCUGUCGGUAGUCUCUUCAUCGUAGCUGGAGUUGCUGGUUCCGUGACGUACCGGUUUUAUAAAAAGUGGCGACAAAAAGUGCAGCAGACGAAAAAACAGGAAGAAGGAAAAGGAGAAGCAGAAAGUGGAGAAAUUGGCAGAUAUGGUUAG